UUUCAUUAUUCGUGUGUUCACACCGAGAGAGAGAGGGAUGAUAUAUAGGAGGAGAGACAGGGGGAGAGAGGAGUGGGUGUUUCUUGACCACCGUGAGAGAAAGAAGCUGCACUUCACCGUCGGAACUUUCCCACAUUAAACCCGUGGACCAUAAAAGGACAGAGACGCGACCUAAGCCCGAGGAGGAGCUCCAGUGGCCGGCAAGAGCCCGUCACAGGCUCCGUGGACGGAGAACCGAGCCGAGUGGACCCGAACCGAGCCGGAGGGACCCGAGUCUCCACCUGCUCCGGGUGUCCACAGUUUAGAUGACGAGCAGCUUCAUCAUCCUCACCAGAAGAUCCAGAGAGCUGCUAUGGAUCCAGCCAUGACUCUGAUGUGGACUAAUCGCUCCUCCGUGGACCUCCAGCCGGACUCCAACUCCUCCUCCGCCCGCUCCGCCCCGCUGGAUCUGGCCCGGGCGGUUCCGGUGGGUCUGGUCCUCGCCUCCUUCAUCUUGUUCGCAAUCGUGGGCAACAUCCUGGUGAUCCUGGCGGUGGUUUGUAACCGACACCUGCGGGUCCCGACCAACUACUUCAUCAUCAACCUGGCCAUUGCCGACCUGCUGCUGGGCACCACCGUGCUGCCGGUGUCCGCCACCCUGGAGGUCCUGGACUACUGGGUGUUUGGUCGGAUCUUCUGUGACAUCUGGGCGGCGGUGGACGUGCUGUGCUGCACGGCAUCCAUCAUGUCUCUGUGCGUCAUCUCCAUUGACCGCUACAUCGGCGUCCGCUACCCGCUGCAGUAUCCCGCCAUCGUCACCGAGCGGCGGGCGCUGCUCGCCAUGCUGGCCGUCUGGAUCCUCUCCAUCGUCAUCUCCAUCGGGCCGCUGCUCGGCUGGAAGCAAGCGCCCUCUCAGGACGAUACGGUGUGUCUGAUCACCGAGGAGCCCUUCUACGCCCUCUUCUCGUCGCUGGGCUCCUUCUACAUCCCUCUGGCCGUCAUCCUGGCCAUGUAUUGCCGAGUCUACGUCGUGGCCAAGCGCACCACCAGGAACCUGGAGGCCGGUGUGAUGAGGGAGCGGCAGCAGGACUCCAACGAGCUCACGCUGAGGAUCCACUGCAGGAACCAGCAGGUCCACGAGCUGAGCCCCGUCUCCAACGCCGCGGGGGGCGGAGCGUCACGCAGCGCACUCGCCGUCAAACUGCUCAAGUUCUCCAGAGAGAAGAAGGCGGCCAAGACCCUGGGGGUGGUGGUCGGCAUGUUCAUCCUCUGCUGGCUGCCCUUCUUCCUGGCUCUGCCCAUCGGCUCAUUCAACAGCAGCCUUCGUCCUCCUGAAACCUUCUUCAAAGUCAUCUUCUGGCUGGGCUACUUCAACAGCUGCCUCAACCCCAUCAUCUACCCCUGCUACAGCCGCGAGUUCAAACAGGCGUUUCUGAGGAUCCUGCGUUGUCACUGGAGGAGGAAGCGUCAGGGUUUGCAGGCGUGCUACAACUACAACCACCACCAGAGCUCCUCCUCCUUCCUGACCUCCAGCCAACAGACGCUGUCCUCCAUCACACCGAGCCCCCGCUGCGCCGCCUCCAGGCUGCGCCCACACCGGGAGCUCCUCCCCGGCACGCCAUCGAGGGGACGACUGAGCCCGUCCCCACUCGCUAAGGAUUCCGGGAGCAGAGAAGUCGUCUGAGCAGGACGGCGACUAGUAGUCUGAUUAGUCUGAGAGUCUGAUUCGUAGUCGACGCAAGAAACGCACUUCCUUUCAUUUACCCCUUUUACACCAAACAGGUUCCAGGUCUGGUUCCAGGUCUGGUUCCAGGUCUGGUUCGGAGCCAGAGCCCGACUUAGCACCAGUUCUCUAUGUCUGUGAAGGUUCUCAGUUCUUUUUUGAUCACGAGUUCUUUAUUUUUCCGCCACCUACGCACCGGCCAAACCAGUUCCAGACCGAUUCCAAACUGGUUCCACACUGGUUCAAAAUUGGUUCUAAACUGGUUCCAAACAGGUUACCAGUCCCAGUUUGGACCUGGGCUAAAGGGCCCGGAGCUAAGAACCUGGGCUGGGUUAGCAACCGGAACAGCGAAAGCUAUAAACUACCAUUUUAAAACAACAACCAGCAAGUUGCAUUGAAAAGCAAAGAGAAAACGCAACACACCUGUCACACGACAGGGGGCAGCAGAGUCACCAGUGAUGUCGCAAAAUGGCUACGCGAUAAGAGACGGUGGUGUGACCGUCCUCUUACCUAUAGUAGAGACCAGGAUGAGUUUAUGUCUCUGUGAAGCCUGGACGAGGAGACAUUUAACGUGUCAUUUAACUUUCCAGUGUAGGGAAAGUUCUUCAUGUUUCAAACAGUCUUCUUCUCUUGUAUAAUAAUGUGGUUAAUAUUAGGUGCAUUACGUGCACUAGCGCCUCCCAUGGGGACGAAUGGUGAUACACGUUUCACUGUGUCGCGUAUCAAAAAAUCUGUCGACACAUUUUGAGUCGCAGGCACGUGUCGUCGUCAUGGCAGCCGACGCAUGACGAUACGUUUGCGUUAGCGUUAGUGUCGACUAUGAAUCAGCACUAACACACCUGCUACCUCAUGUGCCCCCCUCCUUCCAACACUCACCUGACAGGAAGUCCCCUCAGGUAAUGACUGUGGCUGUCAAGUGGCCCCGCCUCCUCCUCACACACACACACCUAAAACAUUUAUAGAUUUUAAAUAUUGAUCCUAGAAGAAUUUGAUGUAUUUUGUUUGUCGUGUUCAACAUUAACAGGAAGUAAUAAUUUAUAUAAUGAUCUAAUGUAUAGUGAUGAUGCUGAUGAUUUGUGCUAUGCCAAGCUAACACCGCCUCUUUCCCAUCCUUGUGCUCAGAUAUGCUAACACCCGCUUCCAGAUUAUGCUAAGCUAAGCUAACAUCCCUUUCUUCCAGUCUUUGCAUUAAGCUAAGCUAAGCUAAUACGUCCUGAUCCCACAGCUAAGCUAAUACAUCCUGAUCCCUGUCCUUAUGCUAAGCUAAGCUAAUAUGUCCUGAUCCCAGUCUUUGUGCUAAACUAAGCUAAGCUAAUAUGUCAUGAUCCCGUCCUGCUUCCAGUCUUUGUGCUAAGCUAAUCUUAGCCCUCUAGUCUGAUUUUUCAAUGCUGAUCAUUUACUUCGAUGGCUUUCCCUAUCGUUGGUCCAGUAUUGGUUCUUGAAUGCGUCUUUAAUGGCAGAUAAUUUAUAUAUAUUGUUAUAAAACAGUCUCGUUUGCUACCACUGCUUCAUAUAUGAACUGUUCUCUAUCAAUAAAUGAAUCAGUAACUUCGACCUUUGACCUGUUUCUAUUGACAUCUUCUCAGUUGGCUUUGUUACUGCAGUGACUCCUUCUCAGUUCAAAAUCUGUGUCUCAGCUA